GGAUAGCACCAGGUAGUUGGAAAGAAAUCGGAGACAAGUGUGGGAAGCCGUGGAGGACAUAAGCUUUUCCCCUGGCCUUUCAGCUAAGUAGCACCUCUGAGAUGAUGAGCUACUAUAUGGACACAACCAUUGGCAACGCAGCCCCUUAUCCUUUGGGUCGCUCCGGAGUGAUGAAACAAGGUGCCGCCAGCCCCUGCGAGGACCCCUGGUUUACCUGCGGCUUUCAGUCCUCCUGCUGCCAGCCGAGGACAUGCUGCCCACUCUGGGACGAGCCAGCCACACAAGAAGUGCCCACUGGCCUGGAACACUAUAGCACAGAUAUGGAAUGUGCAGAUGUGCCUUUAUUAACUCCCAGCAGCAAAGAAAUGAUGUCUCAGGCGUUGAAAGCCACCUUCAGUGGCUUUGCAAAAGAGCAACAGCGACUGGGGAUCCCCAAAGAUCCCCAGCAGUGGACAGAGACACACGUGCGGGAUUGGGUGAUGUGGGCGGUGAAUGAGUUCAGCCUGAAGGGAGUGGAUUUCCAGAAGUUUUGCAUGAAUGGAGCUGCCCUCUGCGCCCUGGGCAAGGAGUGCUUCCUGGAGCUAGCACCUGACUUUGUGGGAGAUAUCCUUUGGGAGCAUCUGGAGAUCUUGCAGAAAGAAGAGAUAAAACCAUACCCAGCAAAUGGAGUGAAUACAACAUACCCAGAAUCCCGCUACACUUCAGACUACUUCAUUAGCUACGGCAUCGAGCAUGCACAGUGUGUGCCUCCCUCCGAGUUCUCCGAGCCCAGCUUCAUCACAGAGUCCUACCAGACCCUCCAUCCCAUCAGCUCAGAAGAGCUUCUGUCCCUCAAGUACGAGAACGACUAUCCUUCGGUCAUCCUGCGGGACCCGGUCCAGACGGAUUCCCUGCAGACAGACUACUUCACCAUCAAGCAGGAAGUGGUGACGCCAGACAACAUGUGCAUGGGCCGUGCCAGUCGAGGUAAACUGGGUGGCCAGGACUCCUUUGAGAGCAUAGAGAGCUAUGACAGCUGCGACCGCCUGACACAGUCCUGGAGCAGCCAGUCCUCCUUCCAGAGCCUGCAGCGCGUCCCCUCCUACGACAGCUUCGACUCAGAGGACUACCCUGCUGCCCUGCCCAACCACAAGCCCAAGGGCACCUUCAAGGACUAUGUUCGAGAUCGGGCCGAUAUGAACAAGGACAAGCCUGUCAUCCCUGCUGCUGCCCUCGCUGGCUACACAGGCAGUGGACCUAUCCAACUGUGGCAAUUCUUGCUGGAACUGCUCACUGACAAGUCCUGUCAGUCCUUCAUCAGCUGGACGGGUGAUGGUUGGGAAUUCAAGCUCUCUGACCCAGAUGAGGUGGCCAGGCGGUGGGGGAAGAGGAAAAACAAACCCAAGAUGAACUACGAGAAGCUGAGCCGGGGCUUGCGUUACUACUACGACAAGAACAUCAUCCACAAGACGGCCGGGAAGCGCUACGUCUACCGCUUCGUCUGCGACCUGCAGAGCCUGCUGGGCUACACCCCCGAGGAGCUGCACGCCAUGCUGGACGUCAAGCCAGAUGCUGAUGAGUGAAGGUGGUCAACCAUGGGUGGAGAACCUCACCCGUGUUAUUUUGGAGAGUCGAUGGGACUUUUUUCUGUUGGUUCUUUUUGAUUUUUUUAUUUUUUUUUGCUGUUACUUUCGGUGUUCGUUUUUGUUUUGGGUUUUUUUUUGAUGCUUUGAGGAAAGAGGGUGGUGAAAGAAGCAGACUUUUGGCCAAAAACCCAAAGAGUUUGGUUCGCAGAAGGAUGGGUUGUUGUUUUUUUUUCUUUCUUUCCUGAAAGCUCCAAGACAGGCUUUUUUUGGGGUGAAAUUCUGAGUUUUAAGAAAGCCAGAACAAUGUAGCUCACUUCAAAAAAGAAACAAACCCCUCCUCAUCCCUUGCUGUGUAGAAAAAAAGAAUCAAGCAGAUCCCUUUGGUUUUGGUGUUAUUCACACAAGCCAACAGUUCAGGAAGUGACAGUAUUCCCAAGGAUUUAAAUCUUUUUUUAAGGUCAGGGAGGGAAAACCAAAGUGGAUGAAUAGUCCUGCUUUGGGGAGGGGCAAUAUAGGAAAAAACCAAGAACUUUGUAAUUCUUGGUACAAGGCCUUUCUCUCUACAAAAGGCAGAAUUUUUUCUAGGAGGGAUCAAGACUUUUUUUUUUUUUGUUAAAAUUUUAUUAAAUUUUGUGCCAGUAUUUUUUUUUUAAAUAGUCUUAAGCUCUAAGAUGGUCUCAGUAUUGCAAUAUUGUGUGUGUUUGUUUCUGUUCUGCCAGCAGAGAGUUUUAUCACAGUGAGGAAAAACUAAAAAAAAUCAAUAAAUAACCAGUGUGUUUAUGUAGACCCCACUGGAGAAGUGUAACACUUGGCAUCUCCAGAUCAUAUGUGAAGGAAAAAUUUAACUCCAAACUGGCUCCUGGUGAUGCUGGCUGGGUGUGUGGCUUGUGCUUCCAAUCCCCCGCUCUUUGCUCUGCUGUUUGCUGAUAAAGCUGGUUGAAAUUUCUGCUUUUCUUUGUUGUUAAAAAGGGGUCUUUUUGUAUGGCUGUGUCUGCUUCGUGCACAAAACCUAACGAGAUUUGCUGGGAAAAUGUCUUUUUUGCAUUUUCCAAAUUUCUUCAGUGCUCAAGGAACACUUUGGUGCUUUCAGAAAAUGUGGGGGUUUUGUUUUUUGGAAGGAGAAAGGGGAGAAAUUCACGUGUUUUGAGUGUGAGAAAUGGAAAAUGUGUAAGUUCAUUGAAGGGGGAAAAAUCAGGAAAAAUUGAAAAAACAAAGGGAAAUGUUUUUUUCUUCCUGUUUCGACCAGCUCUGUCUUUAUUGCUGUAUCUUUUUACCAUCCUGGGCACACGCAGAAAGGAAAUUGUCCUUGCAAAUGGGUUCUUUCCUGAUCCUGCAAACCCUGUCAGGGUGUGAGUGACACAAAGUGUAUCCCAGUGCCACCAGAGUAAAUCAGAGGUGUCACUGCUUGCUCGAGAUGGCUGCAGGAUGAGUCCAGAGGCAGCUGCUCCCUCUCUCCUCCAAGCCUUUCACAGCAUGGUUUGUGUUCAGAGGGGGAAAUCCUGCUGCCCCCAGCACUUCCCGGGAUGCUCUGAGCAAAGGGUGAGCUAAGGGAUUGUUGAGAUGUUAGAGGAGUUAAGAGGUGUUUCCCUGUCCAAAUAGAACCCCAGAGCCAGAUCUGCAUGGAUCUGACUGCUGGAAUGGGGUUUUUCUCCCCUGAGAGCCACUGGGCAUUUUCUUUCGGAAGACAGUGUUUGAACCAAAAGUACCUUCUCUUUGUGUUGUCGGUGUGGUAGAGGUAGUUGUGUUCCCUGCACAGGUGCUGUGAGACAGUAGUUGGGGGAGGCAGGGAAGGGCUUCAGCUUCCCCAGAAUCCUCACUGGGCACUGCCAGUUUGAUCCAGGCUGAUAAAUCUUUGGCAGGACAGGAUGGCAAAGAGCUGCAACAUUGGGGCCUGUAACCCCCAUCAGAGGGGCAAGGUGAUGCUCAGAGGUGCUGGGCUGUCCUCUACUUCCUCUGGAGCCAGAGGCACCCAGCACCUCUGUAUCCUCAGGGGGUCAUGUUGGGGGGAUUCAGCCCCCAAACUGCUGCCUGCUUAAAAAAGGGGGUCCUGGAGGGGAAAUAAGUGGGCUAAGAGGGAGCUCCAGCCAAGGGGUUUGGAAGCAGAUGGUGGGUUAGGUGAGGGAGGUUUUCAGUUAUGCUAUUAGCUCAUGGGGCUGGGCAUCAUCCCACUGAGCAUAUGGAGGGAAAAGGGUGGAAAGGAAGGAAAAGGAGAUGGAAGGAAGGUGGAAGGAACGUGCACCAAAGGAGGAAAGGGAUGCUGCCUGCUGAGAGGUUAAAUUUCAGCUCCUAUCUUGGGCAGGUAGGGAGGAUGGGAGAAAAGAGCUUGGCUGAGCUGGGGAGAGAGGAAAGGAAAUGUGGAUAUCAUGGAUGAGAUCCCCUGCCAGUGAGGCCCUGGGGUAGAGCUCUGGGAGUUGAGCAAGACGUGAUGGCACAGACGUGUGCAGGGGGAGCAGUUAAAGAGCACCCUGCCAGGACACACUGUGGGGGUUGGAUUUCCAGCAGUUGGGUGGGUUUUUUAGGUUCAGGAUUGCUGCCAAGUGCCCUUAGCUUACCCUUCACAGGCCACUUCCAGCAAUGAAACUCCCUUGCACCCUACAGCAGGGUGCUGCCAGGAAGCUGGGCACACCAUGUCCUGCCCUCACGCUGUGCCUCAGGUUGUGGCUCCUGCUUUGCUCAGCUGCUCCACUGCAGCUGAAGUGCCUUUUUCCAGCAGAAAACAGGGAUGAAAUUUCCCCUCUUGACAAAAAAACCCGCAGGUUCAGGUACCAUCCUUCUGCCAGGCUAAAUACCUCCUUUGCUUCACCAUGCUUAUUUGUUCCAGGUUUCCAGCAUGAACCUGUGUGUUCCCAGUGAUUUUGGGAAGGCAGUUUGAAGGUUAGAAAGGGUGAGUUGUAGAAAGCAGCUCUGGUUUUUGGCAGUAGCCCCUGGUCAGAUCUUCUCCAUCAUUUUUCCCAGCCAUUGGCCAUCCCAGCUCACAGCUUGUGCACAGGAGGUGCAACAGAAAAAAGGGACAUCACUUUGUGUUUUCCUUUAGCUCAAUAUUCCCAACCUAGAGACCAUCCCAGAGAGGGUUGUGUGCUGUUUAUACACUGGAGAUUUUGUUUCUCUUUUUUUUUUUUUUUUCUUCUCUCUUUUCAUUCUGCUUUUUAACUGCUUGCUGACCUAUGGCAAGGGCUGUCUGGAACCCAAACCCUCUGACCUAUUUUUUGAGGCCAUGAAAAUUUGGUUAACCCAUACACCAGAGGAUGGAUUUGAGAAGGAUGAUGGAGAUCUGCCAGGGAUGGGACUUGCUCCUGUGCUGGUUUGUCUGCAUGGGGAUGAGCUUCACCCUUGGCAGAUACACAUGGCUUUUGGCAACGGGGAAAUUUUGUCUUGUUUUGGAACGUCUCAGGUGUGUCUGGUGAUUUUUUGGGUGGUUAUUUUCUAUGUUGUCCUUGUGAUCUGCUGUUCUUCAUGCAGGAGUGUGUGUCCCCAGCAAAGCCUGAGCCCUCCCUUGGGAGCUUUGCUCUUGCAAACAGGAGCUUUACAGGGCUUCAGGUUUGGCAUCUCAGUAAAAGGUAAAAUAACCCCAAAACCUGAUGAAAAAUGCAAAGCACUUUUUCUGCUGCCUGUCUCCAUCUCUGUGUGUAGGAUGACCAUAACCAUUCGUGUAGGUUUAUUUCUACACCAGCACUAUCCUGCUCCAAACAUCAGGUGGAUCCAAACAGGGCAAGAAAUAGAAAACAUUGUAAAUUUAACCUUCUCACGUCUUUCCAAACCAACACCUCCUCCAUAAAAACAGGCCCUGUAAGCACCAAUAAAUUUAGAUGCUUUAGGAAACAUCUUUAUCUUCUGACUCCUGCUCUCCUGGAAGGGUUUUCUGUGAGGCUUUAAGGCUUAAUUGCUUGUUCCUCAUUAAUACUGCAAAAUUUGGAUGCCUUGGCUUGCUCUGCUCUCUGGUAGGGUCUAUAUAACAUCCAUGAGCUGUUGUCUACAUUCCAAAGAGGUUUAAAUAGAUGAUAAAUCUAUGUAUACAUAUAUGUUAAUGGAAUAUCUCCAGGAAUUAACUGCCUCAGUAAAUGAAAAAAGAAAAAAAAAAAAAGUCUUUUGUUUUGUUUUGUUUUUUACACACAGGAUUUCUUUUGUUUAUAAGCUGAUAAACAUAAAAGAAAAAAAAAAAAGAAAGAGAUUGUUAUAUUGUGCUGUUCGACUAUUUUCCAACUUGUAUUUUCAUAUAAUUUAUAUUUUUUAAAAGUGGAAAAAAAUUUUAAAAGUGAGAUUAAAAAAAAAAAUCCGAAAAAAAGGAAAAAAGCAGGUGCUUUUUUUUUAAAAAAAAGAAACCAAACAACUGAGCUGAGGUAGCGUAGAGAUGUAGCGACGUGUGUGUGUCUGUGUGUUGUGUUUUGUUUUGUCUUGGGUUUUGUUGUGUUGUUUUUUUUUAAGGGAUACAAAAAUAAAAAGAAAAGUCCCUCCAACAUGGAAUUCUGAAAGAAGGAGGGGGUUGGUUUUGUUUUAAUUGCUGAUGCUGGCACAUCAUUUUGCUGGAGAGUUUUUUAUAUACUGUAGCCUUAUUUCAUAUCGUAUUUUAAACCAUGUGAAAUUAAAAGAAGAAUAAUUCAUA